GGCCCCAUUCAUCCGUCCCGUCCAGCAACAGACGAAAAUCAAGCUUUGUUGCGCGAACGAAAAGUGCAAGUUUCUUUUUUCUCAAAAUUCCUCGUGAAAUCUCGAAAAAUCCUACAUAAAUUCCGUCCAUUCCGUCGAGCAGUGCGCGAAACAUGCGAUUCCGUGCGGUGGAAACGCUAUGUCCGGUAGUUCCCUCGGUUUAGGAGGUAGUGCUAAACUACAGCUCCAGUUGCAGCAUCAGCAGCAGAAGAAGAAGCCAUCGUCGUCGUCGUCGUCGUUGUUCAAUCGGGAGGAGCUCAGCCUUCCGCCGAACGUGAACGGACGCCGGAGGGGAUCGCUAGCAGUGCGUCUCGCUGGGAUCCGGUGGACCAGUGCUAAAAGUUACCCGGUGGUGGAAGUGCGAUUGCUGUGGUGGGGCCAGACGGGACAAAAAGUGGGAUCCAGUGUUUUGCGUUGGGAGCAAGGGAGGUGCGGUGCUGCAGGGGAAGAACGAUUACUCCAGUAUCAAGUGUUGACCAGUGAGGAGCUGUUUCGGAAGUAUUUGAGGGCGGCGGAACCGAUUCAGGUCCGGCUGGUGUCUAGUAGAACGGGAAGCCUGGUAGGGACGGCAGCUGUUCCCGUUCCGGGCAAGUUGGUGAAUUUUCGGGUGGGGGAGCAAGUGGAAGUCGCGGGACGAGCGGACAUCGUCAGUGGGUCUGGUUUCGGUUUGGGGGAGAUUUGUUUUGAGUUCGAACUGCAGUUUGAUAAGUUGGAAAAGUUCACUGGGCCAGAUAAGGAAAACAGCAGCAAGAAUAUGGUUCAGCAGGCAGCCAAGAAGCCGCUUACGGUGGUGCUUCCGGAGCAGGAGUUGCAGCUGAAAAGAACCGCGGUGACAUUGUACGAAGGCAAACAGGUGAAAAGUUUCCGCUCACUGGACAACCGUUCCCGAUCGAAGGUCCUAAACUAUCUCUCUGGAAAUGUUCUUUCCGGAUCCGAAGAGGAAACCCUCAGCGAAAUAUGUUCCAUCUCGCCGGCGGAAAGUAUGCUGGAUGCGCUGAACAAGUUCGAUGCCGCUCCCGAGCCCAUGAAGGCCGAAUACCUAAACUCCAUUGAUUCGGCGCGGAUGUUGAUCGAAGGUCUCAAUUUCACCAAGGCAGGGCUGAAGGAGAUCAUGCAUAAAACUAAACUGGCAUCGCUGGUCGACGUCGGAUUCCAGAUCAAGGUGAAACUUCCGUCCCAAACGAACGCAGGAUCAAAGCUCAGAUUUCCUUCGACGCAAAUCGUUUCCGAUUCCGGGGAGGUUGUUUUCAAUGGCAAGGCAAUCUCGAAGAUUUCCAUCCCGAAGAAAGUUGAUGACUGUCGGUUUGAGUUCCUGAUUUAUUUGACGAUGGGUCCAGUCUUCCACCAGAGAUCGACGACCGGAAGGCAGAUUUUUCUCGGUUCUUCAGUGAUAAAACUGGAAGAGCUGGUGAGUAGCAGAUUCGCCUGCUACAAAAAAUGCCCGGUUCGGUUGGCCUCGGACGACAUCCUGCUGGGAAUGCUCACGGUUCGGUUGGAGCUGGGAGCUCGCGGGCUGCAUUUCGGUCCGGAACUCAUCGAUGCUCUGAACGUUGGCAAAGAAAACGUAACAAUCAGCAGUUCUUCCAGUGAAAGCGAUCUACCAACGCAAUGUUGGUCUUUCAAGCCACUCCAAAAGUGUCCAAUGUCUGCUCCCAGUUAUCCAUCGCUGUACUGCCGACCGCUAGCCUGCAGUCAAGACCAACAUGGACCUACCCAGAACGCACCGAAAGAUUUGUCUCCUGCGCAGGAUUCGCCGCCGUCAGGUGCUCCAAAUUCUCAACAACAAGAUGGCUCUCAACAGCAGCAGGGAGCCGCUUCCAGGGAAGAUACGGGACCGAAAGCGAUGGACACCACGGUAGAAACUCCACCGGAACGACCCACGGCAGUGCUUUAUGGGCUGCUCCACCUCGGAAAGCUGAAAGAUGUUCCCGCUUUGACGGCGGGUGGUGGAUACUUCCUAGUGAUGCAUGGGUUCUGGUCCAGCGAAGAAGAUGGUCCGAUUUUGACAACGGAACUAUCGCGGGAUGGCGAAAGUACCAACAACUGUAAAUCCAUCAACUACUUGAUCACCUUCCCUGUAAUGCCAAAUGCCCGCUUCUUGGAACGUACAAAGAACCAGCACAUGCUGGUGGAACUAUGGGAAAAGACUCCAGAUGCCACCGAGAAGCUCGUUGGAGUUACCAGACUACCACUACAUCAGUUCUACAUCGCUUUCCGAGAUGCACAGCUAACAGAGCAUUUGUCCCGUGCCAAACUGCCCGUCAUUUCUAUCGACGCAUGGAGUGGCAUCACUUCUCCACUUGCGGCAGACCCUUGUGGGCAGGUUCAGGCCGUUCUAGCCAUUGGCACCGAAAACCAAGUCGAAUAUCUGAAGCUGUUCCGUGGUUUGACGCACACAUCCGGUGAUGCUCCGAUGACGAGCAACAAACCUACUGUUCCGAAAGGGAAGCAGGACGAUCCUCCCCAUCAAUCCAUGGUGACUCCUUCGACUGCCAUCGACCAUCAAAGGGACAUCGAAUCCUACCGGCCAAUCAGAACUUCCAACACUGGCAAACAGCAGUCCGAAGUGGCCAACAUGCUUUCGGCAUUUAUCGAGAACCUAGCCCAACGCUUGCCCAUCUCAUCGGAGCGCAGCACCGCUCCCUGCUAUGACCAGAACUUUGCCGACAACCGCCAGGCAACUCCUCCGCCGGCACUCUCAUCCUCACCGCAUUCACAGGCCAACCAUCCCCAGCUCCGAAAAACUUCCGAUCUCCUCGAAAACCUCCAGAGAGCCUUGGCCCAGAGACCAUCGGAAAAUCUGACCACCAAUCUCCUAACGACGUCAUCCGAACCGGCCUCGGAAGCGCCCCAAACAGAGAAACAACAAUCCCAAGUGGCCGACGAAAAGCUGUUCCAGGUAUCGAUCGAAAUCGAACAGGCCGUCAACCUGCCGAAGGUGAACGUCGGCAAAAAGUUCGGCAAGCGAAACAAGAACCGUUCCCAGCAGGGUUCCAACCAACAGCAGCAGCAGCGCGUCGAGGUGGAACCCAGCGCCUAUGUAACCUUCGAGGGCUACAACCUGCAGCCGGGAGCGGCCGAUACGGUCAAGUCGCACGAGGGAAUCGUCUACACGACGGCAAUUGUCGAAGGCUGUUGUAAUCCAAGCUGGCGGAAGAAGUUCGACGUGCGGCUACCGGUGGAUCUGAUGACUAAUGACGAGAAGCGGUUCAUUCUGAAAGUUUGGCGCAAAACACCCACCUCGAAUACAACGGGAUCGUCGGCCAAACAGCCACUGGUACCGGCACCGAUGGAGGAUGCCGUGGUCGGUUUCACAGCGGUGGAUUUGAGCGUGUUCCUGAACGGGAUGCCCUGCAUUCUCGGCUGGUACAACAUCAUGGACUUCUCCGGGCGGUGCAACGGGCAGAUCAAGGUCAAUAUCCAGCCAUUGGAGAACGUCACCAUGUACAAAGGGCUGGAAGAGGGCGUUAACUUCCAGAUCCCACUCUCAAUCGACGUGGACUGCGGUGGGCUGGACACCGCUGGCAACACUUCCCUCAGCCGUGCUCUGAAGCGCAAGUUCACCGAGCUAGAGGAAAUCACCCAACGUUUGAAGGCGCGCCUAUUCGACGUAACGGGUGACGAAAAUGUGGAUCCGGAUGAAGAAUUCGAACGGGAUCUAAACACCGAAGCCGACGAAGAAGACGAAGAUGAAUGGGUCGAUCCGCUGGAGGACCGAUCCUCCGGUCAAAAGCGUAACAGUCAAUUUCCGAACGGGUCGCUUCAGACUCGGACCACCAAUACCUGUUCGUACACGAUGUCGGCGGAUCAUCGGGUAUCGGAACGAAGUCUGACCGGGUGUUCAGAUCGAUCAACCCAGAUCGACAGCAAUGCUGAGAAGCAGAUGCUACUGGAAAAGCUUCUCAAAAGUCACGAUCUGGACACACUGAUAAACCCGAAUAUCUUGAAGAACUUAAUCAAUCCGAUCAUGUCCGCGUCGGAGUCAACCCCCAUGAGUAACCCGUACGAGCAUAUACCGGAGAGUGAAUCGUCGGGUGGUACCAGUGCGGAUGCGGACAUGAGUGAAGAUUCGGUUGCCGCAGGAGGUGGGUGUACAUCGGAUAAGGUGAAGCUGAUAUCGUCCGCUCUUCAAAGGACAACCAUUUCCGAUGACUCGACCACGCCGACUACGACGGGAAAGACCACUGAAGGUGGUAGUUCCGGUCGGCAGGAUUCCACCGAAGGCAGCAGCAAGCGCGAGGCACCGGAAGGCGAACCUAUGAAGGUAAAUGAUAAGUAAAUUUUCUCCACUUUUGGAUUCUUUUCUGUUGCCUACGAUAUCUUAGAUCAUAAGUAUAACGAAACCAUGCUUUUACGACGACGAAUUCGGCUACCACGCCAGAAGAAUUGCAUCAAUCAUACAAAAAUACCCAAACGCAACAUUUAAAUUGGAGUAACGUUAACACACAUAUACGUAUACCCUAAGUACUACAUACAUAUUUACAAUUAUUCAGCCGUUAGAUUAGAGUAAUAAUCGAAAGUAUUCGCCGAUAUUAUCUGAUAUAGGAAAUAAAUGCUUCAUUUGCUACAUGCUACAUGCAAAA